AUGCCCAUUCCCGGCGGCCAUCCUCAUCGGGGUGUCGUAGAACUCGUCGAGGUAAUCGGCGACGACGCACUUGCAGAGGAAAAGUCGACACAAUCGAGGAACCCAUACGCCGCCGCUCUUGUCGAAGGGUGUAAUUUCGGAGAACGAUGGAUCACAGUCUACUCCUCCGGAGAAUUGAGGGGUCUGCGAAGGAAGAGGAAGAAGAAGAUCAGUAGGAGGAGCAGCAGCAGCAGAAGGAUGGAUAGUAUGCGGAUGAAGAAGAAGAAGAAGAAGAAGAAGAAGAAGAAGAAGAAGAAGAAGAAGAAGAAGUAUGAUGAAGAGUGGGAGAAGAAGAAGGAGAAGGAGAAGGAGAAGGAGAAGAGGAAAGAAAUAUAA